UUUCUCUGUUGGGGUAGGGGUGUAUCUAAAAGUUACACCAUCAGGACACACUUCUUUCUUCUACUGACAAUUCCUUCUUGUCAUCUCAUUUAGAACUCUGUUGAGCUUUACAUUUUGUUCAAUAACGACAAGGAAAUUUGCCACUCAUCAUCACAGUCUUCCUUUCCUGCAGAAGUCACCUUCUCGUCCAAGAUGGCAAUCAACAUUCCAGGAACCGUAGCCAUGUUCUUCUUCUACCUGAUAGUUUUUGGCAUUGGAAUCUGGGCUUUCUUCAAGGCCCGAAGGGAAAAGAGCAAACGGGCAACCACCUCUCUGGAGAUGUCACUGCUGGGCAACCGGAGCAUCAACUUGUUGGUGGGAACCUUCACUAUGACGGCCACGUGGGUGGGAGGCGGCUUCAUCGUGGGCCUGGCAGAGAUGGUGUACACUCCCUCUCUGGGUGUGGUCUGGGCUGCCACAGUGACACUGGGAUACAGCGCUUCUUUUAUUAUUGGUGGGGUCAUGUUCGGCGGGCCGCUUCGUGCAAGACAGUGCGUCACCAUGUUGGAUCCUUUCCAGCACAAGUACGGCAAAGUUCUGACAGGCGCUUUGUGUGUGACGUCGCUCUUCCUCGAUGUCUUUUGGGUUCCCUCCACACUCAUCGGCCUGGGUGUGACCAUGAGCGUGGUUCUGGAUCUUUCCUUCAACAUUUGCGUUUGGAUUUCAGCAGGAGUCGCCAUCACAUACACGCUGCUGGGGGGGCUCUACUCUGUGGCCUACACUGAUGUCGUCCAGCUUCUCCUCAUCUUCUUCAGCCUGUGGGCUUGCCUUCCCUUCGCUGUGGCGAGUCAACAUGUGGUCCACAUUGGCGCCACGCUGAUGAACAACACGCUGCAUGCUCCCUGGAUCGGCAGCUGGAACGCCAACAACUUCUGGAGCCUUCUGGAUGUUUUUUUCUUUUUGGCACUGGGCAGUCUGGGGUAUCAGUCCUUCCAUCAGAGGACACUGUCGGCGGCAUCUCCUGCGACGGCCAAGCAUCUGUGCUUUAUUGCUGCCUUCGUCAUCCUUGUCUUUGGCAUUCCUCCCAUCCUGCUGGGGGCGGUGGCAGCGUCCACAGACUGGAACGCAACAUCGUACGGUUCUCCGUCACCGUGGGAGCGGGGGGAGGCGGCGCUGGUCCUGCCUAUGGUGCUGCAACACCUCACCCCCCCUUACAUCUCCAUCCUGGGGAUUGGAUGCGUGGCCGCCGCCGUGAUGUCGUCUGCAGACUCGGCCCUGCUUUCGUCGGCGUCCGUGUUCUCAUCUAACAUCUACAAGAACAUCCUGCGACCGCAGGCGUCAGAGCGAGAGAUCGAGCUCGUGAUUCGCCUCACAGUGGUGGUGGUGGGCGUGACUGGGGCGGCACUCACCAGACUGAAAACCAGCGUGAUCCUGUUCUGGUUCGUGGGUGCUGAAGUGUCUUAUAACGUCAUCUUCCCUCAGCUCGUCUGCGUCGUCUUCUUCCACAUCACCAACGGUUACGGCGCCAUCUUGGGUGGCGUGCUGGGCUUCCUGAUUCGGUUGCUGAGCGGUGAUCCACUGAUAGGCCUGGCGCCUGUCAUCGUCUUCCCGGGAAGCACUCUGGAGGACGGGACUUACGUGCAGCAUUUCCCAGUCAAGACCUUCGCAAUGCUGUGCUCCUUCGCUGCCAUCUUGUUCUUCUCCUUCCUGGCGUCUCAUCUUUUCAACAGUGGACUACUUCCUGUCCGCUGGGAUGUCUUCCACGUGACUGCUCAGACGUCUGACCCCCCACCACAGCACCCCCGGUGUGCGAACAGCAGCACUGAUGCCUCUGAGCCCAUGAUGACCAGUGGAUGCUGAAUGAGCAGUCCACCAGUGGGCGCCACCAUUCACCACAAAGACAUGCUUAAAUUCAAAAUCAACUUUAUGGACAAUAACAUGUGACUUUCAUAUAACUCACAUUCCAUUGAGCCCUCGUCAAACUGAUUCACUUGACUAGUAGAAGAUCAUGUCAUUAAUAAAAACAUGUCAACUAGAAGGAAGUCAGAAUGUCACGAUGGCCGUUUGUCAAGAAGAAACAAACAAAUGGGCAACACAUGGGCAACUGCCAGGGGUCUCAAACUCAAUUUCACUGGGGGCCAGUGGAGGUAGAGUCAAGUAUUAGGAGUAGGGCUGGGAAUCUCAGGGCACCUCACGAUACGAUACAAUUCACAAUACAUGCAAGUGAUAACACCACUGUUAGUUCAGUGUUGGUGUUUAUUUGCCCCUGUAAGUAUGUAAGUAACACUGAGCUUGCCCGGAUGUUGAGGGCUACAGUUACACUACUCUUUGAUGUCCAGUCGCCGGCCGCAAAAUACAAUUUGGUGGUUCGCAAAUGGCCCGCGGGCCGCGAGUUUGAGACCCCUGCUAUAGGGGCACCACAAGCAUGGGUAUCUUUGGUAUCUAAGAAUGGUAUCUUUUAGAAAUGUGAACAAGCUUACUCUGUCUCCCCGAGUGUUCCAGCAAAAGCCUUCAACACAACUAGACAUAAUAAAACAAAAAUCUGAGCUGUCAAAUGAUUGAAAUAUUUAAUCGUGAUUAAUCACAUUUAAUCACAGAUAGAAAAGUUUUUAUUUAUAAUAAGUAGGGAUGUAAAUUUCUUUCUCAAAUUUGAUAUGCAACUACAUCAAAUUUUAUGUAAAGGGAUACACUGUAUACAUUUUGGAAAUAUGGGCCAUUAUUUUAUUAAAAAAAUAACAUACAGUUAGAAAUCCCCCAGUUUUUGAAUGUUUAAUGCAAGCGGAGAUUUGGUCCUUGAACGCACCUUCUAAGUUCUCCCACGCUGCACAGAGAGACUGCUAUACUCUAUUUUCCCCCUUUUUCAUUUACCUCAUAUUUGGUCCCAAAUGCUGAUACUAUGUGGAAAUGCAUAAAGGUAAGAUAUGAUUACCUUACUGAGUGCUAACUUGUGGUACACAACCUCUCUGAAAAACAAAGUCCAGGCUCAUACUGGUGGAUGGUGGCUGUGUAUUCAUUUCAUGCUUUCAAUUUGAUAUUGUUCCGAUCAUAGUUUCACACAAUACAUAAUGAUUAAGAUGAAAAUCUUCAUGAAAAUCUUUCCCGGUGCUAGCUAGUGCGCUGCUAAUGCUAGGCUGGUAAUGCUAGGCUUCUAAUGCUAGGCUACUAAUGCUAUUUAAACAUCCAUUCUCAACAUUCUCAACAAUCUCAACAAGCCCCCAAAUAGCUGUGCUCGGCUGUGCCUGCCAGUCACUAGUAACUCGUAACCCAAAUUUUAGCUUGCAGUUCGAAGCAAAAAAUCAGCCGAGAGACGACUCCAAUCUAAAAAACAAUCAUUAGUUGGGGCACUCGUAUGCCAAGGUACCACUCUAUAAAUUACAAUUUAAAAAUACUGGCAGAGCUCCAGUAACUUCUCUCUGGCAGGCGACGUAAUCCGUGAUAACUCAAAUCACAGCGACAGCAUAUACAAUGACUCAAAGUUAAUAGCAGUAAUGUAAGUGGAUUGGUGACUAUGUAUUACUUAUUUAUUUAUUAACGAUAAAGUGGUAUCGCAGCAAUCAUACGACAAUCACGGCUAUCUUAAACUUCCUAGACUUCCUCUGCUCAUCAUGGGCUCAGAGACGUCAGUGCUGCU